GGAUUAGAGCUGGAAUUCAGACAUAGACAAUAUUUUCCAUAACUCUCCAUUUGGAGGGCUAAAUGUAGGGGUAGGGAGGGGUUGGAAUAAUUCGGAUUUGGCCCAACAAUCUUAUCCAAUUCAGAGUUGAGUUUCUGAUGAAUAAAAUUCUGAAAACCUAUAAAAAUAGAUCAAAAGAUGAUCGGAGGGACUUUGACAGGAAUAUCUGUUUUUCAAAAGAAAUUAAACUUUAUUUACAUUGACCUGUAACUAUGCAAAAAGCUCCAAUUCUGUCAACUUUUGCAGCUACCCGUUACCCAGGGGGCCGUUGGUGUGCCGACUACCAGUUCCAGUGCGCCAACCGGCUGUGUGUGAGCCAGGGAUGGGUUUGUGACGGCGUUGACGACUGUGGGGACGACUCUGAUGAACAACUCAGCCUAUGCUUGAACAUCACCUGUGAGAUGCCGACCAGGUUCCGCUGUGCUAACGGCUACUGUAUCUACGCUGGCCUGCUGUGUAAUUUGAUGGAUGACUGUGGAGACGGCAGCGACGAAAAAGAAGAUCUAUGCCGUGAUCCCACCCGUCCCCCCUGCACCCUGGAAGAGCUUAAAUGCACAAACGGAUAUUGUGUUCCCCUGCCGUACGUCUGUGACCACAAUGACAACUGUGGGGACCUGACAGACGAAAUGGGCUGCAGUGAGUAUCACACCAACAAAUGA